GUUGAAAAGGGAUUGAUUCAGAAAAUUACCCCCAUUAUCCCGUGAAGCUGUCUGUAUCAUUUCUGGAUUCCGAUUCUUUCUCCCGAUCAGCUGAAAAUGUGAAUCUGUGGUCUUCCCGAUGAUCAAUCGAGACCCAAUUUCUUGAAUUUUGAUAUAUUGUUUCUCAACAAUGUCUACGAUUGCCAAUCCUGUAUUUGUCCGUGGCAUUUGUCGUACAAAGUUCCGUUUUCAGUCAUCGGAAAAUAUUUCUACUCCGUUCUCACUUCUCUUUACAUCUCAGUCUUCAGUCGUUCUACAUCGGCACAGGACUCAUGGCUUCAAACCUGUGGCGGCGGCCAAGAUAAGCGAAGCAAUGGCAGAACCAACAUCUACUGUGGUUGUUCAGAACGAUGCCGGUUUGGACUCGACGGCUUUCAUUAUCAAGGCUCGUAACAGGAUAGGCAUGUUGCAGCUGAUUACUCGUGUUUUCAAGGCCCUAGGGCUUCGACUCGAUCGUGCGACGGUCGAAUACGAAGGCGAAUUCUUUGUUAACACGUUCUUCGUUACUGAUUCGAACGGGCGGAAGAUUGAAAACGGUGAGGAUUUGGACCGGAUACAAAAGGCGCUUCUAGAAGCUGUAGUUGAAAAGGGUAGCGAUGGAUCGUUGAUGACGGCUCCUGGGACGGUAUCGGGGACUAGAGGAGUUGUGGUAAGAAGAGCUGGACUUUUGGCUGAGGGAGGAGAGAAAGGGGGUAAGGCGGAGAGGAUGUUUCAAUUGAUGGAUGGGUUUUUGAAGAAUGAUCCCGUUAAUCUUCAGAAGGACAUUCUUAAUCAUGUAGAGUUCACGGUGGCGAGAUCGAGGUUUAAUUUUGAUGAUUUUGAAGCUUAUCAGGCAUUAUCGCACAGUGUGAAGGAUCGACUAAUUGAAAGAUGGCAUGACACUCACCAGCACUUCAAGAAGAACGAUCCCAAGCGCCUAUAUUUCCUCUCACUUGAAUUUCUUAUGGGUCGUUCGUUGUCAAACAGUGUGAUAAAUCUUGGCAUCAAAGAUCAGUAUGCUCAUGCUCUAAACCAGCUUGGUUUUGAGUUUGAAGUCUUAGCAGAGCAGGAAGGAGAUGCAGCACUUGGUAAUGGUGGUCUUGCCCGUUUAUCUGCUUGCCAGAUGGAUUCCUUGGCAACUUUGGACUAUCCAGCAAUGGGAUAUGGGCUGCGUUACCAGUAUGGAUUGUUCCGCCAGAUCAUUGUAGAUGGCUUUCAGCAUGAACAACCUGAUUUUUGGUUGAAUUUUGGUAACCCUUGGGAGAUAGAGCGUGUCCACGUUUCGUAUGAAGUCAAGUUCUAUGGGACUGUUGAGGAGGAAAAUUUAAAGGGAGAGAAAUGCAAAGUAUGGGUGCCAGGAGAAACGGUGGAAGCUGUUGCAUAUGAUAACCCUAUACCUGGUUAUGGAACCAGGAAUACCAUUAAUCUACGAUUGUGGGCGGCUAAACCUGGUGGUCAUCACGACAUGGAAUCUUUUAACACUGGGGACUAUAUCAAUACUGUUGUUAAUAGACAGAAAGCUGAAACAAUAAGUAAUGUCUUGUAUCCAGACGAUCGUUCCUAUCAGGGAAAGGAGCUGCGGUUGAAGCAACAAUACUUCUUUGUUUCAGCAUCCCUACAAGAUAUCAUUAGACGGUUUAAAGACACACACAGUAGCAUUGACGACUUCCCAGAAAAGAUUGCGUUGCAUUUGAAUGAUACUCAUCCAUCCCUUGCCAUACCUGAGCUCAUGAGAGUGCUCCUUGAUGAAGAGCACCUAGGCUGGAAAAAGGCAUGGGAUAUUGUGUCCAAAAUUUUCUCAUUCACUACCCACACGGUAGUACCCAAAGGGCUGGAGAAAAUCCCUGUUGACCUAUUUGGCAGUCUUCUUCCUCGCCAUUUACAGAUUAUUUAUGCCAUUAACCAUGAUUUCAUGGAAGAGUUGAAAAGCAAAAUCGGCGAAGAUUAUAGUCGGUUGUCCCAGAUGUCCAUUGUUGAGGAAGGUGCCACCAAGACUAUCCGAAUGGCAAACUUGGCAAUUGUUUGCAGCCACACAGUGAAUGGCGUUUCCAGAAUGCACUCUGAAAUACUGAAAUCAAAAGUGUUUAAGGACUUUUAUGAACUGUGGCCGCAUAAAUUCCAGUACAAGACUAAUGGAGUAACUCAGCGUCGCUGGAUUGUGGUCAGCAAUCCUAAUUUAUGUGAUCUUAUCUCAAAAUGGCUUGGAACAGAAGCAUGGAUUCGAAAUGUCGAUCUCUUGUCAGGUUUGCUAGAGCAUGCGUCAAAUCCUGAACUACAACAAGAGUGGAUAAUGGUGAAGAGGGUCAACAAAAUGAGGUUGGCUGAAUACAUUGAAUCAAUGAGUGGAGUGAAGGUUAGUUUGGAUGCAAUGUUCGAUGUGCAGACAAAGCGAAUACAUGAAUACAAAAGGCAACUUAUGAAUUUGUUUGGCAUUAUCCAUCGAUAUGACUGUAUAAAGAAUAUGGAGAAGAGUGAAAGGAGAAAAGUUGUCCCUCGUGUAUGCAUAAUUGGUGGGAAAGCUGCUCCUGGAUAUGAGAUAGCAAAGAAAAUUAUAAAACUUUGCCAUGCUGUGGCAGAAAAGAUUAACAAUGAUCCUGACAUUGGGGAUCUUCUUAAAUUGGUUUUCAUCCCUGACUACAAUGUCUCGGUUGCUGAAUUAGUAAUACCAGGGACAGAUCUUUCACAACAUAUUAGCACUGCAGGAAAUGAGGCAUCAGGAACAGGCAGUAUGAAAUUUCUGAUGAAUGGUUCUUUGCUUUUAGCAACACCUGAUGGGUCCACUCUUGAAAUUAUUGAUGAAAUAGGAAAAGAAAACAUGUUUUUGUUUGGCACAACUGUGGAUGAAGUUCAAACAUUACGAGAUGAAGGAACAGCACCUAAAAUGCCACUUCAGUUUGCACGUGUUGUGAGGAUGGUCAGGGACGGGUAUUUUGGUCAUAAAGAUUACUUCAAAUCCUUGUGUGACACAGUGGAGGGUGGGAAAGAUUUUUUCCUUCUGGGUCACGAUUUUACUGGCUAUCUGGAAGCUCAGGCUGCUGCUGAUAGAGCAUUUGUUGAUAAAGAAAAGUGGACGAGAAUGAGCAUUGUGAGUACGGCUAGCUCUGGAGCGUUCAGCAGCGACAGAACAAUCCACGAGUAUGCUCAAAAGAAUUGGGGAGUAGAGCCAUGCAAAUGCCCCAUUUAGUAUGCUCAAAACAAGAGGAGUAACGAUAAAAAGUAAUUUGAUUUUGCUUCUAAUCAAUCAGCUUAAGUCAAUCUCACUGUUAUUUGUAUUCAACUCCAAGGCACAAACAACAGGCCUUAGAGCUUUGUUCAUUCUGUCACAUUCGCAUGAAAGAACUAACCUGAAUUCAUUUUCUGUAAUAACUCUGAUCAAUAAAGAAAGUGUAUUAUUUCUUCCUGUAAA